CAAACGUCUCUUUUUUUAAUCACUAAAUUACAUUAUAGUCUGUUACUUUCGUCCCAUAUAGCUACACCACAACAACAUGUGUGGUUAUCUGGGAAGUCAUGCAGGAUUAUAAGACAAAGAAAAGAACAUAUUUGGUCAAAAGCUAAAUGUUUUGGUGCCUGGUACAGAUUUUUAAAACCGAAAGAAUCUCAAUUUGCUUAGAAUUUUGUACUUUGAGACUCCAGUUGCCUCACAACAUACAACCAAACAACAACAAACAUUGAUUGAAGAUAAUAAUUUCGCAAUAUCCUUUCAAAGUUUCAAAACUCAGUUGAGUGACAUCAGCAGUGUUGUCUUUCCCUUCUCUACAGGGAUGAGUUCCUCUCAUCAUGAGGUGCUGCUUUUCUUAAAUCUGAUCAGCCUUGUUUCAGGGCUGCAGUUUGUAAAAUCAUCUUUUUCCCAGGUGCCUUUCCUCACAGUGUGGAAUGCCCCUACUGCCAGCUGUCUCUCGCAAUAUGGCGUGGACCUUGACUUGGGCACGUUCAGCAUCGUUCAGAACGAGAACCAGACCUUUAUGGGAGAAAACAUAACAAUCUUUUACUCUGAAAAGCUCGGUCUGUAUCCCAGGUACUCCAGCCAAGCAGAGGCUAUCAAUGGCGGGCUGCCGCAGAACGCCAGUCUUGAUGAGCACCUCAGAGUGGCCUCUGAAGAUAUCCACACCUGGAUCCCUGAUAGGGAUUUCCAGGGCCUGGCUGUGGUGGACUGGGAGAGCUGGAGACCUGUAUGGGAGAGAAACUGGGACAGUAAACAGGUGUACUGGUUAGAGUCAACGGCACUAGUGAAGUCCAGGCAUCCAGACUGGAGCCCUGCACAGGUCGAUGCCGCAGCACGGGUGGAGUUUGAGGAAGCUGGGAGGAAGUUCAUGGAGGAAACACUGAAGCUGGGGCAGCAGGAGAGACCAAAUGGGCUGUGGGGUUAUUAUGGUUUCCCCAACUGCUACAACUACUACAGCCACAAAAGCACAAACUACACAGGGGAGUGUCCACCCGUAGAGUUGAAGAGGAACGACGAGCUGUCGUGGUUGUGGAACGUCUCCUCCGCUUUUUAUCCGGACAUCUACCUCAGCCUUGAGCUGAGAGACCUCAGCAGAGAAGUGCUCCUCUACACCCACCACCGCAUCCUGGAGGCCAUGAGAGCAGCAGGAGCUCCAUCAGCACCGCCUGUGUUCCCCUACGCUCGCAUCGUCUACACAUACACGUUAGAUUUCCUCUCGCAGGAGCACCUGGUCUACACGGUUGGAGAGAGUGCCGCUUUAGGAUCUGCAGGGGUGGUGCUUUGGGGCGACCACGCCUUCUCCAAAUCUCAGUCCACAUGUGAUGCUGUCAAAUCUUACAUCGACGAGACUCUGGGUCCUUACCUGGUGAACGUCACGGCAGCCGCCACGCUUUGCAGCCAGACCAUGUGUUCCUCUCAUGGAAGAUGCCAGAGGAGGAACCAGAACUCAAGGGCCUACCUCCACCUGGACCCUGCUGUGUGGAAGAUAGUGUCUGAGAAGAAACCAGAGGGAGGGCAGAACUACAUUGUUUUAGGAGAGAUGAGAACACGUGAGGUAACAUUCAUGAAGUCUGAGUUUCAGUGCAAGUGUUACCCAGGGUGGGGCGGGGAGAGCUGCUCCAAACUGAUUCAGGGAUGAAAGACUUUUCUUAAAGGACACUGGCAGUAUUGUUCUAAUAAAUAGCAGUCAUGUCUGUAAAAAGUGUGAACAUGAACCCAGAGGCCUGUGUGAGUUCAUGAGGAAAUGUGUGUUUUCUUAAUAAAUUACCUUUUAAACAUG